GCUGCGGCAACCGUCGGCAGUCGGCGCGGCUUGGGCGGUUGUCUUGGAGAAGCAAGAUGGCGGCGACGGCGGCCGCGGUGGUGGCGGAGGAGGACACGGAGCUGCGGGACCUGCUGGUGCAGACGCUGGAGAACAGCGGGGUCCUGAACCGCAUCAAGGCUGAACUCCGAGCAGCUGUGUUUUUAGCGCUAGAGGAGCAAGAAAAAGUAGAGAACAAAACUCCUUUAGUCAAUGAGAGCCUGAAAAAGUUUUUAAAUACGAAAGAUGGCCGGCUGGUGGCUAGUCUCGUUGCCGAAUUUCUUCAGUUUUUCAAUCUUGAUUUUACCUUGGCUGUUUUUCAACCUGAAACUAGCACAUUUCAAGGUCUCGAAGGUCGAGAGAAUUUAGCCCGAGAUUUAGGAAUUAUUGAAGCAGAAGGUACGGUGGGUGGACCCUUAUUAUUAGAAGUGAUCAGACGCUGUCAACAGAAAGAAAAAGGGCCAACCAGUGGGGAAGGUGCACUAGAUCUAUCUGAUGUACAUUCUCCACCAAAGUCACCAGAAGGAAAAGCAAGUGCACACACUCCUCCCAGUAAGAUACCAAGGUAUAAAGGACAAGGUAAGAAGAAGCCAAGCAGGCGGAAGUCUGGUGCCAAGAAGGCCAGCAAUGAUGCUAGUCAGAGUGAUACCAGUAUCUCAUCAUCAGAACCAAAGAGCAAAAGUAGUCUUCACUUACUGGCCCAUGAAACAAAAAUUGGAUCCUUGUUAAGCAACAAAAGUCUAGAUGUCAGAGACAAAGCUGGUCCUUGUCCAGAUGAAGAUGAUAUGGAAGGAGAUUCUUUCUUUGAUGAUCCCAUUCCUAAACCAGAAAAAACCUAUGGUUGGAGAAGUGAACCUAGUAAGCAAGUAGGAAGCCUUGCUUCGCUCUCGGACGCCCCCCCCUUAAAAAGUGGACUCAGCUCCCUUACUGGAGCUCCCUCAUUGAAAGACUCUGAAAGUAAAAGGGGAAACACAAUUCUGAAAGAUCUUAAAUUGGUCAAUGAUAAAAUCGGAUCACUUGGUUUAGGGACUGGAGAGGAAGAUGACUAUGCUGAUGAUUUUAAUAGUACCAGCCAUCGCUCAGAAAAAAGUGAGCUAAGUAUUGGUGAAGAGAUCGAGGAAGACCUCUCUGUGGAAAUAGAUGACGUCAAUACCAGUGAUAAACUUGAUGACCUGACACAGGACCUGACUGUGUCCCAGCUCAGUGACGUUGCGGAUUAUCUGGAAGAUGUUGCCUAGGCGAUGAAAGAAGGAAGUAUUCUAAUCGGCAAAGGGACAAAGGACUCUGAUCAGUUCUUUUUUUUUUUAUCCUGGACAAUCUCUCUUUGCUGGAAUGUCUGCUCCCUGUUGGUGCCUGUGUUCCAAAAAGAUUACAGAUAUUAAAAAAAAUUAACUGUUGGGCUUCCCUUGUGGCGCAGUGGUUGGGAGUCCACCUGCCGAUGCAGGGGACACGGGUUCGUGCCCCGGUCCGGGAAGAUCCCACGUGCCACGGAGCGGCUGGGCCCGUGAGCCAUGGCUGCUGCACCUGCGCUUCCGGAGCCUGUGCUCUGCAACGGGAGAGGCCACAACAGUGAGAGGCCCGCAUACUGCAAAAAAAAAAAAAAAAAUUAACUUUUCAUUAUACUAAACAAAAUACUCCUAUUUGAGACCAUGCGUGGAAGAUUCAAUAUUCUUAAUUUGGUUUAGCUACGUGCUUCUCUAUGGAAGUUGAUUACGCUCAAAUUCACUACAAGGAGCGAGUCUGUGAAAUGCCAGUAUUAAGCGCAUAACGAAGGCGCCAGUAAAGCCGUAGGUUCCCAAAGCUCCGCGUGCGCACCUGUGGGGCAGCCGCCUGGGGUCAGGCACUUCGGCAGCAGGUGGUCCUGCAGGUAGUUGGCAGGUGGCCUGGGAUUUCUGCAGUCCUGAAGCCCAUCACUGUAAGUUACAUUUGAUAGGUUGACUUUAUUUUAUAUUUCCUUCCAUUUGGAAGGUUUGUUAGACCAUUAAGGUUAUAUUAAAAUACUCGUGUGUGCUACUUAGUUUUGCUUGUUCUAAAGAUUAAAAUCCAGAUGUGGUUAUAACUUUUGAUUCAUGGAAUUGUCUCUGACAGCACUUGCAGUCGCCGCGCUAUGUCCAUGUAAGAAGCUUUAUUCACAGGUUCUCCUUGUCAUAGUCAUAAUUUAUUAUUUGUAAAGAUGCCUUGAAACAUAUUAAAUACCAAAAUGCAUCUGAAACCAUUAAGCAGUGCUUUUAUUUCAGAUCUAUAAGUUGGUUAUACUAAAAUCCAAAUUGGACUGUAACAGUAGUAAUGGCCUAAGACCAUAUCCAGUUUGACAAGCUUUAUACACUGUACGUAGUUUCAUUGUAACCCUUAAAAGUUGAGCCAAUGACAGAAUUUCAGGCAGUCUCGUUUACAUUCUACCCAUUGUGCUGCUGUUUAUGUAGGUUGCAGACAUUACUGGUCCUGAAGUAUCAACAAGCACAGUUGGAAGCGAUGCAUGCGUGUUCAUGUUGAUGUAAGUAAGGCUGGGAUUGUGCUAAAUUUUGUACUUUUUAAUUUCAGUUAAAUUAAAGCUUUUUAUUGUCACCUUUAUUAAUAAAAGCGAAUUAGACCUAAUUCAUUGAUCUCAAGAAGUGAACAGACUUUGUGGUUUGUAUAAUGUUAGUUUUUCAUUGCAUACUAGUCUAAACAUUUCAGAAAUAUUUACUAGGCUCCGAAAUGUAAAGGGAAGUGAUCAUGUAUGGAUCAAGGUUAUGUGACAUUAGAAUCUGAUUUUAUACAAUUUAAGUGAAGCUGAGCCAUGAACACCGAGAGGAAGCAGGACAGAAUGUGGGCCAGGGCAGCCUGGGAGCCGCUCCGCCAAGCUGCCCUCAGUCUGGUGGCCGUGAUCUCAGUCUCGAUCAGGCUUUUUGUUUCACGUGAGGAAAUAGCGCUGCGUGAAGAGGUAGUCUGUUGCUAAAAGUCCCCCAUUGUGCUCGCUGUAAAAUGUAUUUCCUUGGAUGUCAUCUCUGUAAAAAGUCAUUUUCUAUAAAGAUUGUGGUUCUGUUCUGGCCCUCUGGAA